CUUAAACACAAAGUUACAGAAUGAUAUGGUGUCAAAUCAUGAUUAGAAAGAAACGAAAAAGCUAAACCAUGGGCAAGUGUUUAUAAGUUAACCCACGGGUUUAUCACUUUAGGCUAAAAAAAUCAACAGUUCAAAAAACGAAUAUUCUCUUAGAUGACUAGGGUUGGGUUACUUACAACCAAUCCUCCUACCAUACAUGAUUAUAUUCAACAUACCUACCCCAUCAACUCGCAGCACUUCGCUCUCACUCACCUCUUGACUCUUCUACCGUGCAUCAGUCCUUGGAGAAAAAACAAAUCAGACCCAGAUGGAGCAAACGUUCAUCAUGAUCAAGCCCGAUGGGGUCCAGAGAGGCCUGGUUGGCGAGAUUAUUAGCAGAUUUGAAAAGAAAGGAUUCACGUUGAAAGGUUUGAAGCUCAUGACUGUGGAACAGUCGUUUGCUGAGAAGCAUUACGAGGACCUGUCUUCAAAGCCCUUCUUUGGUGGGCUAGUUGAGUACAUCAUCUCUGGUCCUGUUUGUGCUAUGAUUUGGGAGGGUAAGAAAGUUGUUACCACAGGCCGCAAGAUCAUUGGGGCAACCAAUCCUACUGAAUCUGCUCCUGGAACCAUCCGUGGUGAUUAUGCUAUUGAUAUUGGCAGGAAUGUCAUCCAUGGGAGUGAUUCAAUUGAGAGUGCAACCAAGGAAAUUGCACUAUGGUUCCCUGAAGGACCUGUUAACUGGCAGAGCAGCGUUCACCACUGGAUCUAUGAAUGAAUAUCAGUUGGAUUGAACUGGCUAUAGCUGUUCUUGGACGGUUGUUUGUUUGCUUGUUAGUGAACCUUCUAUCAAGUUUUGAGUUAAAUUAAGUGUGAUCUUGGUUUUGUGGCUACUUUUAUAACCAGUCGCACAUUAUUGCGGACUGUAGUAAUGAUAAGUUAGGUUAUUUUGUUGACUA